AUACAAUCAACGGAAAUAAUCAAGUGUAGAGGCAGAGCCAACCACUGUACAUGGGAAUGGGAAGGCAAGGCAGAAGAGAUCAAGACCAAGACACAACACUGGCCUCUGCUUUUGCCCAUUCUCUCUCGUGGGCCUCUUUGAUGCUUUCUUUUCUUUAGCCGUCUUCCAUCCACUCAACAAGGAAUCAAAUCUUAAAAAUUCUAUUCAUUUCCUCGCACCAAUUCCUUCACCUUUUUUUUUGGGUUCCUUUCUUUGACCCAAAUUGGCCUAGCUUGACAUAUAUACCCCAUGGGGCCUCCUCCUCGAGGUCGAUACUCCGGCGCCCCCUGGCCAUGGCGAAUUGGGGAGCAAAGGAGCAUGUCCAGUAUGGCGGAGAUGCUGGAGGGAGGAGCUGGCGUCAGAUUCUCUCUCCGGUUUGAUCCGAUGAGAGCGGGCUUUGACCGUACUCUCGUCAGCUUCCCUGUUUCCGCGCUGAUUUGUCGCCUUCUUGGUUGGAGCAACAACAGCAGCCAGGGGAGGUCGCCGGAAUCCGUGGUGGUGGUCGCCGCCGCCGUUGCUCUUUACUUUUCGGCGCUCUUCUUGCCCGCUCAGCAGCCUCGCCGGCGGCGUCUGACAGCUUCUGCUAUGGCUAGGCCAAAUUCUGCUGCUAGGCCCCGUGCUCUGCCUGCACCAGGUGAUGGGCUCAGAAUUCUGUCAUCCAAUGACGAAUCAUUGGAAAACGUGAUCCACGGCGCGUCGAUCGGCGCCGGGGAAGACGAGCCGGUGCUUGUGGCAAGAGUUCAGACCCGGCCACCUCACGCUGCAGUAGCAAGCGCUGACGGCGAAGCGGAGGACGACCAAUCAGAUAACGAGCCGCCGGAGGAGGAGGUCGAGCUGUUCAAGGAGCUGUGGCUGUCGCUCCAGGAGCGGGAGCAGAGGCUGGAGCUCCGGCUGAUGGAGCUCGACAGCCUCCGGGAGCAGGAGGCCGCCAUACGGGAGCUCGAGAGCCGCGCCAGCGCCGCCGCCGUGGAGGCGCGGCUCCUGGAGCGCAAGGUCGCCUCGCUGCAGGAGGAGAACGAGACGCUCAGGGCGCAGGCGUCGGAGCUGGACGCCGCCAGGACCGAGCUGGGCCGCGCCAGGGAGAAGCUGCGGGCGCUCGGGGCGCGGGUGGAGGGCGAGCGGGAGGAGGCCCGGCGUGAGGCGGCGGCGCUCCGGGAGAUGGUGACGGAGCUCGAGAAGAAGGGCGAGGAGAGGGAGCGGGCGCUGGCGGAGGAGGCGGCGGCGAUGCGGAAGGCCAACGUCGGGCUGGUUGAGGAGAACAGGGACCUCGCUCUGAGGCUGCAGGAUGCAGAGCAGGCCGCCUCCUCUGUAAAUUUGGUUAUCGAGGAGGAGGACAUGGCAGAGGAGGCCAACGAGCUGAGGAAGACGAACGAGAGGCUGACGAGGCAGAUCGAGCAGCUGCACGGCGACCACUGCAAGCACGUCGAGGAGCUCGUCUACCUCAAGUGGGUCAACGCCUGCCUGCGCCACGAGCUCCGUGGCAAUGACGACCAGCACCCAUCCUCCGGUCAACAAGAUCAUGCCGGCGCCGGCGUGCCGUCUUCGGCCGUGGAGCUGAGCAAAAGCAUGAGCUACCGCUCGAGCGAGAAGGCCAAGGAGCUCAUGCUCCGGUACGGCAACCUCGGCCUCGAAGGCUUCGACCCCGCCCUCUUCUCGCCGCUCAACGAGUCCCUCUACGGCGACGGCCAUGACCAAGAUCAUGCCGUAGCCGUCGCGGCCAGCGCGCCUGAGAAACGGGCUGGCCAUGGCAAGCUCAAGUUUCUGAGGAACAUCAAGAAGCUACUGGCAAGCGGCAGCAGGAAGGGGCAUGGGCACGGCCAUGAGCACAAGGGCAAGAAGAAGGCGCCGGCGGCCCACGACGAGCACUUCGAGAAGGCGAUCCGGUGGCUGUCCAGCCACGACGCGCUCGGCGCGGGCGACAGCUCGUGCGAGAGCACGCCGCUGUCGUCGUGCCAGCGGACGCCGCUGAGCAGCGUGACGACCGUGGACUCGCACGCUGCCCGUGAGCGCGGCGGCGGGCGGGAGACGGCGGCAGAGCCCGCGGCCGCGUCGAGGCUGCCUGAAGAGGAGGAGGAGGAGGAGGCGAAGCUGGCGAGGUCGAAGAGCGAUGCCGGCGCGUCCUACGGGCGGGAGGCGACCAGGUACCACGCUCUUCGCCCGGAGCACCCUGCCGAUGUCGGGCCACAUCACGCGCUCCACGCGCCGGAGAAGCCCAGAAGGUACUCGGAGGAGUUGAGAAGCUCCUGAUCUAAACGUCGGCUGGUCCACUGCGAGACGUGAUGCCGCAGAGACGCAGAGUAUGUGCUUACUGCUUACACAAUUUACAGAUUUAUACAGGAUUAAUUUGUAAAUUUUCGCCGUAUUGUCGUGUGCUGCAUGUACAACAUGUUGAUCGACGCGCUCGAUUGAGACGCUGUCAUGAAUUAUGAUUAAUUAACUAGACCAUGAUGCAAAGUGCAUGUUUUGAUGUAAACUAAUAUUAUGAUAUAGUUGAUGUAAAAAUUGUAUUGGUAAAAUAAGUUGAUGUAAAAAUUGUAAUGGUAAAAUAAUUUGAAAUGAGAAAUUUAUUUUAUUGAA